AUGUCAGGCGCACUUUGCAGUCACUGUAAUGGGAGCCAUGUAGAAGGAACCACUAGCUCAGAUAUCGCCAUGGAGCCUUCACAGCACAAUCGAAUUGAGCCUAAGAAGUCGUCUGAUCGAGAUUGGAAAGAGAUAAGACAGCGUCUGGAGCGCAAGAUUGCCGCUGCUGCCGCUCAGGUGAUCUCUGGGAGACCUGGCGGAGCGGACAGUCGCAGCAGGCCUAGAUGGGCUACGCCGCCGAAACAUAAAGAGCAGCGAUAUUAUCAAGUCAAACAGGAGGAUAAACUCACGACGAGAGGCGCUAAUCCAAGAACUGGUGUGGUUAGCCCGAGCAACCGCACUGAUAGCUCUAACGAAGAUCACGUUCCCCGUCCUCGAGUCAGUCAGAAAUGGAAAGUGAAUGGCGAUCAGUGGGUUAGUGUUGAUAUUGCUCAGACGCCGUCGCUACAUGGUUCACCGUUGAGCUACAAAUUAGCCAAGACUGUGUCAUCUGCCGGUUCGGGGUCAACGGAUCUCUCUUCGUCCGAUGACUGGGAAGAUAGAUUUGUGGUGUAUAUGCCGUCUGCCAAUGAUCCAAAUCCACCAUCAAUGACUGCGGAACAAAUCAGACUGUAUCAGGAGGGAAUAAAGAAACUUCAUGCAACCACCUCUUCGAGACACGAGAUGGAUGCGUCUAAGUCAUCGUCUGGCUCUCCGGAGCCCAAAAUCACGCAGCAUCCAAAGAAAAUCAGCUCAGUUCCUGUCUUGCAAAAGGGCACUACCUCUCAUUCUUUCUCUACAGACAGCAGCCAGCCUAUUUCGCCUCCCCUGGAUGGACCACGUCAAUACUUCAGCUCUGACGAAGUCGGACGAUCGCGGGUCAGCCCAGUUACCGAUAACCCUAAGCUCAAACAGAAAGAACUGUUCAAGAAGUUGAGAGAGGAGUGUUUCUUGGGAUGCGUUGGGGUGGAUGAGGCCGGUGCCAAAAAUCCGGAUGAAAUUUUGUUGUUCCCAAACUCGGACGAUGAGACUGAUUCCCAAAUAUCACCAGUUAUCAAGCCAGACAGAGGAAGUGACAGAGGGGAAUCAUCAGGUUUGUCAGGCACAAUACAGACAUCAAAGUUGCCCCAAGUUUCUGGUCAAACACUUCACAAAGCAACUCAAAAGAUUCUUGGCAAGCCUCAGCGUGCGACAACGUUAGUCAUUCCAUCAGCAUUGACGCCAGCACAGCCUACUAAAAUACCAAAACCUUCGAGCGGUGGCUCACCAACUAAUGGUCAACAUAAGACAAAAAAAGAUGAUAUUGCUGUUGUGUCCACUUCCACCGCUGCUGCUGGGCCCGCCAAAGCAGGAUCGCAACGAUCCCGGACUCGUGCAGCACCUAAAGCAUCAUCAAGGCCGCGCAGGUACAACAAUGAUUAUUCUCGAGCAACUUCAGAGAACGAUUUGUUCUUCGAAAGCUCUUCACCUGGGUCUAGUCAAGGGACGAACCAUAGCCCAGCGCCAUCAAGGAGUUCGGCCUCGCCGGAUUUUCUAGGGAACGGGUCAGGAGAUAGCGCCAUCUCUCCAUCUCAAAACAAUUAUUUUACGAGGCUGAAUACGAACGGUAAUUUUAAUACGCGGGUACGGAACGGAAGAUUAGCUGGCGACCCAGAAACCCCCAAGACACCACAUGUCGCUGAAUUGGACGGGCAGCAAGUAUCUCAGCAGCUACCGAGUCCACCCCUGAGUUCCUCACCUUCUCCACCUCCGGCAAAACCCAAAGCGGAAACUGCUACAAUCGAUACAAAGCCCCGAAAUAGGGAGAAAAGAGACACUCAUACUAUUCGGAUGGAAAUCCGAAUAAAGGCGGAAAAGGCAAGACAGGGCGCUGCUGCUGCCAAAACUGCAUCCGAGAGACUAGCAGCCGCCCGACAGCAUGCGGAGAGACUGGCCGAAGCACGCGCUGCGUACGACAAAGCCAAGUCUCAGAGCACUACGAAGAAGAUGGAUGGAUUGAAGCAGCAGAAGCUCAAUACCGAGAAAAUCAAUGAGGCUCGAAGAGCUUAUAAAGCAGCCAAAGCGAGAGAAGAGGCGGAGAAACAGGCAGAGAAAGAGAGAGAGGCAGAGGAAGAAGCAGCAAAGCAGGCAGAAAAGGAAGCAAAAAGGCAGGCCGAGAAACAAGCAGCACUACGAGCGGCUAGACUAGCCGAGCAACAAGCGGAAGCCCGUCAUAAAGAAGCGAAGGUCAAAUCCAAAACAUCUGUUCCAACUUCUUCUAGUGCGAAAAACGAAUCUAGUAAUAUCUCGUCAACCAAUGCAAAGAUAACACGAGAGCCGGCUCGGAAAUUGGGUGUACAUCGUCAAUCAGUUCCCGAAAAGAAGAGUAGGCGUGAGGAUAUUGGUGCCAGCGGACUCGACGAACCACAAAUUCCUAUCACUACUUCCCGCAAUCAUUACGAUAUAAGCAACGUUUUGAGCUUCGCCGUAUUCUACCUCUCCUUCAACAAAUUCCGCGACUUCCUUCGUGACCACAAAAUCUACUCUCAAAUUCUCCUCUACUGCGAAAAUCUCUUCCACAUGGCAACCCAUUGCUUCAAAGUAUGCAAACGCCUAGCAGAAGUAUGGCUAGAAUACAAACGAAACGGAUACCUACCACAGUCGUGUGUGGAUGAUUUCGGCCAAAUUGCAGGAGAUGUAGGGCAAGCUCUUGUCAAUCUUGCGGUUUUGUGUUUUGUGUUUGUCGUCGUGGUCAGGACGGCGGCGUAUGUUGUGAUUGUCACUAACUGGAUUAUAUGGUUUUGUAGGCCUAUUGGAUGGGUUUUUGGGAAUUUGGUGCGUGCUGUUAUGGAGUGAAGAUAUGUCUUUCUUUAAAAUUGGUUGUAUCAUAUAUUCUCAGGGCAGUUUGGUUCAAGCAUGGGUUGGUCGGGGAUGGAGUUGUCUUGGGAGUAAUGAUUGGAUAUUCUUCGAGUUCUCUGGCGUUCUUUUGCUUCUUCUUUUGGUGUUAUCCGUCCAUUGAUGUA